UUUCCCAAGAUGGCGGCGGCCCCGUCGUGUUGCAGCGGGCGCGUGGCCGGCCUGGAGUUCUUGAGCCUGCGGCCCGGCGCGGCGGGAGCGGCGGGGGCCAGGCGGAAGAGGAGGCCCCGGGGCUCCAAGAACAAAAAGCGGAGCUGGCGCAGGCUCGGCGAGGAGCCGCUGGGCCUCCAGCUCGAUCAGUUCCUGGAGGAUGUGCGUCUGCAGGAGCGCGCCGUGGGGGGCUGGUGGCCGAGAAGCCGGAUGAAGCCUGUCUUCGUGGACACUGGGAAUGAGGUGAAAGACUUGAAGCUGAACCGUGGUAAGAAGAAACCACUGCACAUCGAUGUGAUCCUGGAGCCCAACUCCCAGGUGGCCCCUCCCAAAGACAUCCUGGCCUACCAGGUCCCCAAUGGGAGGAAGCUGAAGCGGAAACAGCAGCUGUUGGAGCGGCUGACCCAGCGCGGGGUGGUCAGCCGGGAAGUCCGGCGGGCCCAGGCCCGGCUCCAGAACCCCCCGCCCGCCAAGCCCAAGGCCACAGCCGGCCCCGGGGAGCCCCCCAACAGGCCCUUCUACGACCUCUGGGCCGAAGACAACCCCUUGGACAGCCCGCUGGUCGGGCAGGAUGCCUAUUUCCUGGAGCAGACGAAAAAGCAGCGGGUCAAGCGGCCGCAGCGGCUCCAGGACAAACCCUCCCAGGUGCCGGCCAUCGAAGUGACCCCCGCGGGCGGCUCCUACAACCCGUCGUUCGAGGCCCACCAGGCCUUGCUCUUGAGAGCCCACAGAGUGGAGCAGCAGCGGCAGAGGGCGGAGGAGAAGCUGGCGCGACAGCUCAAGUUCCCCACCGUGGACGAGGCCCCCACUCAGGAGUCUCGGUUCGAGGAGCUCUGCGAGGGGCUGCUGGAGGAGUCGGACAACGAGACCCCAGAGCCGGGGCCCGAGGUGGAAGCCGAGAGCGAGGAGCAGGCGAAGCCCGCGGCCGCCGCGCCUUCCAGGAAGAAGACGGAGCAGCAGAGGAGGCGGGAGAAGGAGGCCAAAGCCCUGCGCAUCCAGCGGGCCACGGAGCGGGCCGCCCGGCAGCGGCACCAGGAGGUGUUCCGUCUACGGGGCAUCAGGCGGCAGGUGGCACAGCGGCUGGUGGAGCUGGCCCGGCGGAAGGAGCUGCGGCGCGCGAAACGGCUGGCUGAGGCCGACAAGCCCCGGAGGCUGGGCAGGCUCAAGUACCAGGAUCCUGACAUCGACGUCCAGCUGAGCAGCGACCUGGCCGAAUCACUGCGCCACACAUGAAGGUACCUUCCCGAGGGCAGCCUUCUCCGGGACCGCUUCAAGAGCCUGCAGAAACGCAAUCUCAUCGAGCCCAGAGAGCGGGCCAAGUUCAAGAGGAAAUACAAACUGAAGUAUGUGGAGAAGAGAGCCUUCCGCGAAAUCCAGUGA